UAAUGAUAUUGGUUCCAAGUCUUGUUACAUUAAUUCCAUGUAUAAUGACAUUAGUUCCAAGUCUAGUUCAUCCAAUGACAUUAAUUCCAAGUCUUGUUACAAUAAUUCCAAGUCUUAUACAUUUAAUGACAGUAAUUCCAAGUCUUGUUCAUCCAAUUACAUUUAUUCCAAGCCUGAUAAUCAAUAUAUUCCAGAUUUUCAUGCUGAACAAGUUUAUACUUCCCCUGAAAGACAAUUUGACAGAUCAAACUUUCAUACUAUAAGUGGAGGAAAAGAUAACUUUACAAUUAGAGAAGCUUAUGAAGUAGAACCAGAUUAUGUUCGCCGUCUUAGACAUACUGAAACUGAAACUGAAACUGAAACUGAAGGUAUUAGAAAUAAAAUGGUUACUAAAUCAAAUGGGCGUAUGGGCCAAUUUAGUCAAAAGAUAACUAGUCAUAACCAACAGCAAUUUACCGAGGAAAAUAAAGGUAACAGAAUACAAUAUUCUCAACCUGUCACUAUUCCUAAUAAUUUAAAACCUCAAGUUUGUUAUGAAUCUAAUUUAAAUCCUCAAGUUUGUUAUGAAUCUCAAUUAAAUCCUCUAGUUUAUUAUGAAUCUCCCGUUAAUAAUGGAAGAGAAAUUACUACCAAAAUUAGUAAACCACAAUAUAGCUUUGAUGUACAGAUUCCUGAAACUUCUGAAAGUACAGCAAAGUUCAAAAGAGAAUUUUUUAGAGAAAAGCUUCGUACCUUAACUAAAGACUCAGAAUAUACUGAAGCACAAAUAAUUAUUAUGAAGAAAGAAGCCUAUCCUGAAAAGUAUGGUAAAAAGGUAAUCAAAUAUAAUUCUAAUGAGUUAAUUCAACCAACAAAUUAUAAACCAUUAGAUAAUAAAUAUGAUUCCUCAGCUACCGAAGAAUACAUUGAACCUUAUGAAGAGAUCAGUGAUCAAUUAAAGGAAAUUUUGAGAGAAAAGCUUCCCACUCUUGAUAAGGAUUCAGGAUAUACUGAACAACAAAUUAAAAAGUUUCAUCGUAUGGCUUAUCCUCCUAAAUGUAAAGAAUCUGAAAAUGGAAUUAAACAGAAUUCUUAUACAACGAAUAAUAAUGAGAUAUAUUCUCAAGUUAAUAUCGGUACAGUUCAGCUGCAGAAAUUGUCAAUUAAAUCCAAUACCAAUUUCAAUUCUUCACAAUAUAAUGAAGAGGAUGCUUAUGCAGAAAUAUGGGGCAAAGGUAAUAAUAAGUCCCCAAUUAAAGAAAGUUCACCUUUCAUAGAACCUGCAUUUCAUCCUGUGGCUGAAUCCUCUCAAUUAAAUAUCAAUACCAAAUUCAAUUCUAAGAAAUUAGACAGUAUUGAUAAUUUAAGUUCAGGUAAUGAUGUAAAGAAUAGAUCAAUUAAUUCAGAUAAUUCUAAACCUUCUAGACGUCCUAAAUCUGAUUUUGUUGAAGCAUUUAAAUCUUACCAGAAGAGUAGAGGCCUACCAAUUUAUGAUCCUGGUGAUUAUACGGAAAGCUUUGUUGAUUAUUAUAGCUCCGUUAAUUCUACUGAUUAUAAUAGUGAUACCGAUGGAGCCAUUCAAUAUAUGCUCAUGAUUGAUCACCAUGAGUCAGAUAUUGGUGGUCAAUGAUUAAGGGUCUAGAGUCUGGAGUCAAGAUUAGUUGAUGUUGAUGUUGUUGUUCCUGUUUUUUUUUUCAUUUCUUUCUUUCUUUCAUUUCUUUCAUUCUUUCAUUCUUUCAUUCUUUCUUUCUUUCAUUUCUUUCAUUCUUUCAUUCUUUCAUUCUUUCUUUCAUUC